UAAAGAUAGCGGUAAUUUUAAUUAAUUGUUCGGUUUAUAAGACUUAUAUCUCACAAUUAGCUUGUCGUUUACUAUUAAUUUUUUCAAUAAAGAUAAUUAAUAACCGCCAUAGCGCAAUUUCUGUAUGACAUACGAAUAUGUUUUUGAAAAACGUGGAAUAAUUGAAUAAACAACGUUAAGUAAUUAAAAAAUAAUUCGACUAAUUUAACGCGUCCAAAGUUGUCCAACGCGUCCGUUGGUUAUCUUACUAUUAUAUGUAAGGAUCGAAUGGAGUUUGUAUUAUCUUGCUAUGUACUGAUAAACGUAGAUCAGUUAAAUGCUAUAUAUUAUAUAGGGAUUAAGUACAGCUUUGUAUUUUCGUAGUUUUAUGACUAGUUUUAUUUACUAUACGUAAAGAGGAAUAAUUUGAAAAAUUGUAACUAAUACGGAGUGAAUAACAGAAAUAUUUACACUUUAUGAAUUACUAAUCCUAGGAUAAUUCUGCGAAAUAUCUAAUUUUCUAAUUAUAUUUUAAUAAUAGCUUAAAUUGAUUGCAAAGUUAAAUAAAGUGGAAAAAUUGAAUCGUAAAAAUUAAUCUCUUGGGAUGAUAUAAAAUUUCGAUUUAAUAAUAGAAAUUUCAAACUAGAAAUGUAUCAUGGUAUUUCGCUAAUAGAAAUAUCGUUCCACUACGACCUUCGAUUAAGCUUUCAUGACCCUGCAUGAUCCCUAUCGAUGGAAUUUAUUAAAACUAUGCGAUCUCCAGAGGGUUCGUUGCACAUGCAUGUACACUGCUUCGGGAUUGACGAUCAUGGAAACGGACCUCGACGCUCGAGGUCCAACUAAUUUCGGUUCCCUCUGUUCGCGUUAUUGUAUCAGGGGACACGAAGAUUAUUCUCAUUUUGCCGAUUAGUAAUUUAAAUCUCAUCCUUAACGUAAAAUUGAGCCAUUAUCUUGUGUCCGCGGGUCAUCCUAGAUUUAUCCUCCGGUUAUUUUCUUAAUCACUUUUUACAGCAAAUUUUAUAAGUAAAUUUAAUGGUAAAUUAAUUUCGAAGAAUUUGAUUCAAUAUCAAAAGAUCAGACAUUACGAAAAUAUUUUCCAAUAUGACUUUGUUUCUUAAAAUGUCUGUAAUAUUGAGCAGUACAAAAAUGUGUAAAAUGGUGGUAUUGUAUAUAUCAUAUGGUCACGUAUUCAUAAUAAAUAAGAAUGCAGCAAAACGUGAAACAAUGUCUUUGUUCAGCUGCCAGAACAAAAACAAUAUGAUCCAGGUAUUACGAAAAGAUGAUUAUAAAAAAAAGGGAAUCCAUGUUCGCUAUCUUCAGGUAGGACACACAAUUAGUGUGACGGUAAACAUUCGAGGUGUAAUCAUUAAAUAUUCGAAAUAAAAAUAGUGUUGAUAACAUUGAAUGGAAAUACUAAGAUACAGAAAAUCAUUGUUUAUGACGUUACAGAAAUAAUUAGCGAGAAGCUUUGAGAAACAAUUCUUUACUAAUUUUCGAUCAUUAUUAAAUCACGUUUAUAUUAAGACAUAAAGAAUCAACCAGUGUAAGAAUUGUAUUUCCAUUAAAUUCCUUCUCUAUGUAUUCAACGAUCUAAAUACAUAUGUAAAGAAAAAGAGGAUUAAAAGGUUACAAAAAGCAAGGCAACAUUUAUUAUCGCUCGUUAUGAAUCGAUCUUUGCAUGAAAAAAAUGAAACUGAAUUAUGUAAGCAGUAAUUAGAAAUUACAUUGUAACUGAUUUAUGGCUUUUGUAUGCUACAAAUGAACAGCCAAGCAGACAGUAACAAACAGGCCAAGAACGAUGGAACUGAAUGUAUAAUGCGUGUAAAUAAGUAACAUGUACGAAUGGAGAAGUCAGAGGACAGAAUUUUCUUUGCAGGAUCCGUUGAGUUUGCUGGCUGGAGGCGACUGCAUCAGGGGCAACGGCCGGUCAAAGUCCUACCUUCGACAUUCUAUCCCUCCCACCUCUUUGUUCGUGUCUUUCUUGUUCGCCGUUUCUCUUUCCCUUGCAACUUUACUCUUCUUCCACCUCAAACUUGUUCCCUCUCAUCUCCUUAUCUUAUUUGGUCUUUCCCUUUUUUCCCCUCCCUUCCAUUUACCUUUCCUAUCUCCUCUGGCGUAUCUUCCUAAUUUUGGACGUUUUUUCAUCCGUUCCCCUGUCAGCUUUACACGUUGCAUUCGAAUUUUCUUCUCUAAAUAUUGCUAUCUUUUGUCGUUCCUACGUUUUCUCAGAUUAUGUUCCGAGUUGUUUCAGUGAUAUUUUUUAGGAUCCUUUGUGGAUUUUGGACUUAGAAUAUUACGAAGGAAGUAUACUUUGGACUGGAUUUUCAACGAAACCUAGGAUUUCAAUUACAAUAGAACAACGUUUAUCUAAUAACAAAUUACCAAAUAACAUUUAUUUAAUUACCAAAUAACGAUUAUUAAAAUUUAUCGAAGAAUUAACUAUUUGCAUUCCUCCGAAUAUAGUGGCGUUUCGUGGAAAAGUUUCGCACAAAAGUUGAAUUGAAAUCACUGAAUCGUACCUACGUUAGAUCCUCUAGUACACGAUGAUAAGCUUUUGUAUCUCACGGUCGUGUUUCUGAAUAGAGUAAAACUCGCGAUAAAAUACAAUUAAUCAUCGCGAUUGUAUUCGACGCAAUUUCAACGUGAUUACCGUGAAAUCACCAGUUUGAUAUAGAUUAAGGAAGAUUUGUUCCGUAAUUUUUAUCGAUAAAUAACGCGACAGUCAUCCAGAUCAACGAUUAUUAAGGGUUCUAUACGGUCGUACUAUCGUAUUUGUAGCAGCUGUUUAAAUGUUGUGAUUAUUGUCGCGACAUUAUUCUUACAUAAAAGUAUGCAGAUGUCUCAUUAAAUAGUGCAAAAUGUGUACAUUAUUUACAAUGUCCUAGGGAACAUUGUGUAAUUUUAAUCACUUUACAUCUACAUUUACAUUUGUCGAAAUAAAGUCUCAAUAUAAGUUUCGUUUUUCUGUCCUAUCGUAAAAGUAAUUUUAAGAGGCAGAUUAAUCACCAAAUUUAAAAUAUCGUUAAUUCAAGCGGUUAUUCUCUAACGCGAUAAAGUUCAAUAUCAUAUAAUAAACUACACAACAAUUUUUUCAAGCGAAGAAACUUAUAUUUCAUAUAUAAUACAAUAAAAAGUUAAUAAAUAAUUUACUAACGGCAAAGUACUGUCAGAAGAUCAAUAAAUGUCAUCAUUUCUCAUAUUUCAAACUGGAAGACUUCCUAAAUAAUAAAAUUCUUGCAUUCUGUUCGUUAUAUCUGUUUAAAUAAACCUUGGCAAAUGUUCACGGUUUGGAAACAUUUCAUCCUAUCUAAAUACUACCACGUUUCUUUGAGUAAUUCUAUCAUAAACUGUUUCUCUUUUCAGACACAAUUUUCAUUGUAAAUUUUGAUAAAUUUCAUAAUAAUCCCGGUGACGUUAUCGUUAUAUAAAUCUGGAGAAAUCCAUCAGGUGUUUCACCGUAAUAAGGAGACUUACCGAGGAUCCGCUAGGAUAAUGCACAGAGAAAUCUUUGACUACUCUACAUUCUUCUCGGUGACACCUAACAGAUCUCACAAAGGACAUGACCUAACAAACACGAUGAUAGUACCCCGCUGGGGGUAGCCACAUGUUAUAUUAGUAUACCGCUAUAAUAUUUUACCAAAUGUCCUACUGGACAAAUUGUAAAAUACAAAUAAAUAAAUAAAAAAAAAAAAUUCUUCUCGGUUGCACGAAAUGCUUUAUCAUUGGAAACGGCGAAGUAAAGGUCAAAAGGUAUAUGAAAAUUUCCUCGAAUCAAAGCCAGAGAAAUGAUCUACUUUCAAUAGUUUCUUAAAUGAUGCAUUGGGAGCAUAAGUCAGCUAACUCGAAUACUCAGCAGACUGAAAAAUUCGUCGUCAGUGACGUUUGAUUUAGUUACGUUAUCUGGAUUUCAUUUGGAAAUAAUGAAUUCGCUCACUUUCGUACGAUUGAUACUGCUUGUUGGAACAGACAUUUAGGGAAAAUGUGGCUUGGUUCAUUUUUGCCUUCAAUACUUCAAGUCAAGAACAAGCAUCAAGUAUUUAUUUCAUUAAAAGGAUCAACCGGGUUGAUCGAUCGAUCAAUCAGGGACGACAUGAAAUGAUUCUCCAUGAAAUGAUUAUGAUUGUGCUGCGUUGAAUCGCUCAUUCUAGCUCGAUGUUAUCUAACCUUAUCUAAGCGAACAAGUGGUUCAGCAACAAUAAUAACUCGCACCUUCUUGAAAGUAUGGUUACGAGUUUACAAGUUUCCUGAAACCUUGUCAUGAUUCCACUGCGCAAUCGUAGCUGAUAAGAGAAAAUAAGAUUUACCAGCAUUGAAAGUUCAGUCUGAAUUCGAUCAACAUUUCAUUGGUAUUGUGGAAAGUCUUUUGCACGAUCUUAAGUUCUUCUUCCGGUUCUUUUCUGCUAUUUUUCGUAUAUGUUUCGUAUAUCGUACUGUUCUUGGUGAACAGAGAGGGAAAUUUGAAAUAGAAGUAGAUGCCGUAAGUCCGGAAGUAGCUAAGGCUACUAAAGGGCUGAAUAGCCAAUCAACAAAGAAUUUUCGGCGAAAACGAAUGAAAGAUUGCGAUUCAAAGUGAUUGAGGAUUUCCUGUACAGAUGGCAACCGUUUUAGCUACGUUUUCGGUCCUCAAGGACCAUGUCAAGUUGAAGAUUUCACAGGACACAGUGGCCAUUGAUAAUAUGGUUUUCAAGCUACACUACAGAGUCACGUUUUUGAUACUCUUGGCCAGUACGUUGAUGGUGACAGCUAAACAAUUUAUCGGAGAACAUAUCAGGUGUAUCGGUGGACAUGGAAUGAGCGAUGAUGUACUGAAAGUAAUCAACACCUACUGCUUUUUUACGUCUACUUACACUGUGUCGAAACACUUGAACGCAACACCGGUGUUGUUAGGCGAAAUCCCGCAUCCUGGCGUGGGACCAGCGACCAAAGAAGACUCCCUGGUGCACCAUGCUUACUACCAGUGGGUGCCCUUCGUUCUGUUUUUUCAGGCGCUCUUCUUUUACGCGCCUCACUACCUGUGGCGGAAUGUUGAAGGAGGUCGGUUAAAAGUGUUGGUAUCUGGGCUACACAUGGCGUCGUUGGCUUUGCGUGAGACGCCUUUGACAACUGAGAACGGUAUAACCGUUCCGUCAAUACAUGACCGUGACGAGAAAAUACGUCAAAUUCGACAUGCUUUUCUGAACCGUAUCCAUUUGAAUCGACCGUGGGCAUACUACAUGGGCCUCUGCGAGGUUCUCAACUUCAUCAACGUCCUCAUGCAAAUUUAUUUAACCGAUUGGUUCCUCGGCGGUGCUUUCCUCGGUCUUGGCCAAGCUGUAGCGCGCAAUGGCUUGGAUGGGGAAGUCGACGCGCUCGACAUCGUCUUUCCUAAAGUGACGAAAUGCACUUUCCACAAAUUUGGUCCAUCGGGUACUAUACAAAACCACGAUGCGCUAUGUGUCAUGGCGUUGAACAUCGUUAACGAGAAGAUCUAUAUCUUCCUUUGGUAUUGGUAUAUCAUUCUGUCGGUGAUAACCGGUUUAGGACUGCUUUGGAGGUUACUGACUAUGGUCUUGCACGCCAGGAGCGUAACAUUCAACAAGUUGGUCUUCUCCAUGGCUUGUCCCGGCAGAUAUAAUCCGUGGAACGUGUUGGCAGUUACUAACGAAUGCCACUACGGAGACUGGGUGUUUCUUUAUUAUAUAGCGAAGAACCUAGAUAACUACGUGUUCAAGGAAUUGUUGCAGAAACUUGCCGAGGACCUGCAAGAAAGACGCCAGAUUCAACCUCAUCUCUUUAGCGAAGAGAAACCGUUAACUAGCUGAGUUUCAGUCUUAUCUUACUGAUAUCAUCUUAUGAGUAAUAUGAUAAUUCCAAAUGAUUCACAAGAAAACUGACUCAGACAAACUGGAGGAAAAUUAAAGAAGUCAAAUUACCAAAAAAAGCUAUUGUUAUAUCAAUGCAAUAGAACUCUCAUAUUACUUAUGGAAUGAUUUGAUUAUGUAGAAGCGUAGAGGAGCUUGCAUUUUAAUGACAGUAUAUUGAAUUUAGGAUUAAUUUUUAAAUUUUCCAUGUCUUUAACCUGGUGCCUUAUAUUAUAAUAUGAAGAUAUACUUGUAUUACGAGUUGAUGGUACAAACGUGAUACAUGCGAAUUAGAUUUAAUGAUAGUUAUCGUUAUACAAUAUAUAUCAUAUUUAUAUAUUUUGCUAUGACAAGAAGAAAUACUGUUUAUUUGUAAUAUUGUUCAAUGCAAACUAAGUACAAGAGUAUUCGAGUUGUGAAUCUUUUAGCUGUUGCAGAUUUAGUAAAAGUAACAUUAUAAAUAAAUACAAAAUUGGUACACGUUAAACGAACGCCGGAUAAUUUAAUUUAUUUUAAUUCGAUGUUAAUAUGUAAAUUUCCAUUGUAAAUAUCAUGUAUCGUUUCUUGUUACUAUGUCGCUUUAUUUUGAGGGUUACGUCAUUGUUCAAACCAACUGCGGUUCUCGAAUCAGUUCGUUUCGCUAUGUUACAUCACUUCAGGGAAUGCCAGAUUGCGUAUAUGAAAUUCGUUGUUCACCAUUGUUCUUUCCGUGCGAAUAAAGCUACAUUUUCAAUUCUCUGCCUGGGACCUUAGCUCUGAACUCAAGUAAGAUCUAACCAGUUGCAUACAUCUGAAUGCGGUAUGUAUUUGACUUCGUCGUAAGCACUUGAACAGAGUUCAUGUCAGGUAACACUCAAACACAACAGAAUCUUAUCGGAUGCUCUCAAGAAAUACUUCUCAAGAAUAUACUCCCUUCAUAAUGAGUUCUCUAUAGCAGCGGUUUUCAACCUGGGAGGCGCGGACCAGGGAAAGCGCCAAAAGCUUUUAAUAAAAUAUUAAUUUUCGUACCAUAACAUCUAGAAACAAAUAAUUUAAUAUAAAAAUAAAUAUACAUGUACGUAUAUGUUAUGGCAAAACCUUAUUAUUAUUCUGCUAAUUGUAGUUUUCAGUUUUUUUUGUAAUAAAGUUUUUAUUAUUUAAAAGGCAUCUAUAUUAUUACAUCUAUUAAAAAAUAAAUGGUAUGGAGACGCGAAAAAAAUUUUUUUUCGGCGAGGCGUAGUAGCAUAAUGGUUGGAAACCGCUGCUCUAUGCUAAAUGAAAUCUAAAUACGGUAUCAUUUUGAGAGUUACAAAGUACAGACAGAAGCAUACGAAAAAUGAAAUACGAUAAGGAGCGAACAAAUCUCAUAAUAUUCAGUACAUUGGUUUUGUAUUUUGUUUUAUCCCUGAAUAUGUCCACAAGUUCAAUGAGGAAGUUAUUGAAAAACAUACAAAAUGCGUUCAGACGGACGAAAUUCUAAUCAAAUGACCAGUUACGGCAAGAAUAGUUAUAUGUAAAGCGCCGAUACGGUUAGUGUUAACGAAUCUACUUUUAUUUUAUUCUUAUUGUCUCGUCUUGUCUUGUUAUCUCUGUGUUUUGAUUCGAUAUAUCUACUUAAUAAAUAAUCUACGCCCGUACUCUAGAUCCAUCUGAAGUAUACCACGAGUAGGAACUUAUACCGCUUUAACCAAUUUUAUACCACUUACAAGAUGGUUUCGAGAAUGGUAAAACUACGGCGCCACUUUUAACGUAUCAAUCGACGCUUGGGGGCGCCGGAAACCACGCAAGAUUCAUAUCGACCAGUCAAUGUCGAUCAGACUUUCACUAGUACUGUAUAAUUUGAAUUCCUAUUCAUGUCAAGGUACUAAUUUUCUACAAUUUUCUAUUACUCGAUAAAAAGUAGCUUGCAAAUUAUUAUCGUUCUAUUGGUUAACUGGUAACGACUUCGUUCCGAUUUGUCUUGGAAAUCAUAAAUCUUGUUUUCUUAGGAACAGUCAAUGUAGAAGAUUAAUGAAUCAUUUCAAAGUAAAUACAGGAAACAAAAUUUCAUGGAAACUGCAAACACAGUAGACAUUGCGUCAUUUAUUGUACCAAUUGUUUUCAAUUUUUCACUUACGUUUAAGAGAUUGAAAUUUAAAUAUCCUAACAGUAAAGCUAAAAAAAAUUAUCAUAUGUCGUAACGUAGAUAUCGAUGGACGACUGUAUCAUCAACAUUUCAAUUGAAGAAACUGAUUACCCGACAACUGUUAACUCGUUAUCGAGACCUAACGUUUAGGAAAUAUUUGAACGUUUAUCAGCAAGAAAUAUGGCAAUUGAAUCAGCUAUUAACGAACCAUAUAAACUAACAAUAAUAUCUCGACAUUUUACAGAUUACAGGAAAGAGUAAAAUAUGACAAAAGUGUAAUAUUUAAUUUGCCACAAUCUCUUCUUAAAUGUCAUUUCGUUAUUAAAUUAAUUAAUAAAUAUUAAUGAUGUUACAACAUGCCGUAUAAAAUCAUUCUGGAAUAAUUCAAAUAUUUUAAUGUAAAAUAUAUUUAAUAUCUCUAUUUAUAUAUUUAGUUAAUUGUUUAUUUAUUUAUCUUUUGUUACGAGUAAUACUAAGUAAAUGUUAAAAAAUUAUAUUAUACCUAAUAAUUAAAUAAGAAAGAUAUACCUAUAUAUAAAUAAUAAUUUUAUUUAUUAUAUAGUGAUAAAUAAAAGGAAGGCAGGUUUUAAGAAAAUAAAUUCCUAUAAAUCAACGUAGGUACCAAUAAUCCUUUAGAACAGCCUUAAACAUGCAAAUAAAAUAAAAAGAACGAAGCAGUGUCACUCAUGGUGUGAUUAUACAUAAUAAACAUUAUGCAAACUAAACAUAAAGGAGUUAAAUACGAUCAAACGAUUGUGUGUAUUGGAUCAAGAGAUAUAAGCUGGAAAAUCAGAUUGCGAGAUCUUUGUUCGUUCCUUUUGCGUGGGAGGAAGAGUCAUCGCGACCGGAACACGGUCCAUUAUGUUCUCUCUCACAACCAGGAAAUGACGACUGCACACCGUAGAAAAGAGGAGCAUACCAGGAAGGUUCUUUGAUGAUCGUGACACGCGUGCACUUGAUGCAAUGUAUUCUGUUAACUACUUUUACAUGUAUAUUCUCUACUGCAUGUUCUACGUAUUGUAAUUACUAGACUGCGGAUUUGUAUGCAAAUUCAUACUUGCAUAGAUAAAAUUAAAAGAAUAGGACCUAGCUAAAAAUUUGUCUUAUCUAUUAAAUGUCACAAAGAGUAUUAUGAUAUAAGAGCACUUUGGGUAUUUUAUACGGUUUUUUACCUUCAACUUCCUCUAAAUUCCAUAAAAAUCCGCAAUCUAGUAAUUACGUAUUGUAAAUUUUAUAUUCUAUCAACACGAGUGUCAAUAAUAAAUGAUUUCGCUUACUUUACUUACUUACUUUAUGUACGUAGUAUUACAACAAUGAAAAUGUUUGAAAUGUUUUAUUCUGUACAAACUUUCAAAAUUUUUUUAUAUUUUCUUCCAUUUAAACCAUUUGUAUAUUGUGCCUCGCGGUGGUAUUUGAUUAUUUCCAGGAACUACAGAUACUUUUACAUUUAACGUUUUGUUCCUUUACUUCUUCGACUUACUUCUUCUUUACUUCUUCUCUUAAAGUAAUGAAACAUGAUAAUGACAAUUUUACAAAAUCCUUUUUAAAUAAUUUAUACUUGGUGUAACUGCAUGAUGUGAUAUUACAAUUAUUUUUAAAUUCUAAUCUCUUUCUCUUUUAUACAACAUUCUGUAACAUACGUCGAUAGCGACGAUAACGAUAAUAAACGCGUCAUAAAAUAAGAAGAAAUAAGAUUCUGAAGAAAGAAUGUACAUAUUAAUUGUCUUAUGUAAUAUGUCUAUGAUUCAGGCGCAUGUAAAUAAUUAUUAGCGUAUAUCUAUUAAUACAUUAAAUAUGGUCUGUAAUUUUUCAUUUAGAGGUUAACAAUUUUAAGAUUAUAAAAAUAUUUCAAAAAAUCGUAUAAGGCACACUGAACAGUGAUAUAGGAGUAGAAAGUAUAAAAACUCCGAUAUACUGGAAUAACGAGUUUAUUUGGCAUUUUAAGCAACGUUUCUACGAGAAUCCUGCACGAGAAGCAUAAAAUUAUUUUAAUGUAUUAUUUUCAAGAUAAAAUUACGUUCCAUAAUAUAUCUGCACUUUUCAUAUUCUCUCAGUUAUUUUUCUCUAUCUUUUAUUGUUGUGUUUUUUAUUAUAUUUAGCUAAAAAUACACGCAUCAUGUUUUUCUCAUGUUCUUUGAUUCUCUGAUGAAACCAAUAAUAUCGAAGCAUUCUCUACAUUACAACUUACCAUUGCAACUUUUAUAGAGAUGUGAUGAAAUACCGCAACAAAUGAUCUGCCAUGAGCUGUAAGAUAUCGCUGAUUCCCUUCUACUACAAUGUGGGUACUGGGUACACGUUCAUGGACUUUCAAAACGUGUCAGAUACUGACUCACGAGGCGGCAGAUUUAUUAUAUACUCAUACAAGCUUGUAGGACUUGUCACUAUCGUUAGUCAGUUCAAAGGAAUUCUUGGCUGUGCGAUAGGAGUUUUAUUGUGGAACAAAAGUAAAGGAGAGAGUUCGAAUUUUGUGACAGGGAAUGGCCACGAAACUCUUAUAAAAUAGCCUCUGUUUUCUGGCCUACCAUUUUCGAAAUACAUACAAUGUUAUCUAGUCUCUUGAACUUAUUUACACUUUAGAGAAUGAUUAAGCGUAAGAUUCUUCUAACCAAGAAAGAAAUGGAAAAGUAGAUCAACUAAGGGGAGAUUUUAUGACUCUUCAAAUAAAUCACUAUAUAUUUCAUUUUUCGCAAUUUAUAAAGAUAGAAUAGAACGUUACUCUAUUUGAAGGAACCUAAUUUCUUUUGAUCUAAUUAUAAAAUAAAAAUCUCGAAAAUUUAUUUUAUGAUUUAUAAUUAAAGAGAUUACAAACAUUGUCAAUAUUUCAAGGUUUUUAACAUCAUUACGGUUUGUCAAUAAAUAUUUACAAUAUAUAUCGUUAAUACUUAUUGACGAACCAGAUUUUUUUAAUAUGUUCAAUAUUUAUUGAAAACACAUCCGGUAUCGAGAUAGUGUUCGUUUAACGAUAUCGAGUGAGAAAAAUCUCUUAUACAGUCACUAUUUUAGCAUUAUCAAUGAAGAAACCAGAGGGAGAAAAAGUAUAGGUUAGGAAGUGACUUUUAAGAUGAGAUAUAUUUUCAUAUUUAAAUUUUAUUCAUUAGUAUGAGUAGCACGUGUUUCGAAAAACUUGUUGAAAUAGUGCCAAUUUUAGGUUAUGUUAUAUUAUGAAAUAUUAGAAAUAUAUGAAACAUUAUCAAUAUUAUAUUGGCAAUGUGUAUCGAUCGUCUGAGGCUCCUUUUAUACGUCCAAUGAUGUUGAGAACCUUGAAAUAUUGACAAUAUAUAUUGAACGUCUGAGGGCUCCCUUAAUCUAACACGAGAGACAACAGAACUUAAGAAAAAUGCUUUUUUCAGUAAGAUUGAAAAAUGAUCAAAUUAUCAAUAUCUAUAAUAAAAUAAAAUAAUAUUCUGUUUGUACAAGGUGGAAUAAAAUGUUGUUGAAUUUAAAUAAAGUAGUAAAUCAGUAAAACACGAAUUUUAAAUAAAAUAGCACAUGAAUGUUAUACAUACGUAUAUGGUACACAUUAAUAUGUAUGUAUAUGCAUAUAUCAAAUUUGAGCUAAAUUAAUAAACGGAAAUAUUAUGAACUUUCCUCGUUAGCUUAGUUACAUACUAUCAUAGAUAAAUAAUGGGACUGCAUUUGCAUACUUCUGUAGUGGAAUUUCUUUCCGUCAAAUUUUCUCCUAAUUUCUUAUUGCGUUUAAAACUCAACGAUAAGAUCUGUAUCGUGUAUUUAUUACAUUUAAAUUAUCAAUUCCUUAAUGCGCAAUUAUAGAAGUAUGCAGAAACGAGGUAUCUUAUGAUGUAGUUUUAAUAUUCAAUUUACUCAUUUCGAGAUAUUUCCCAAGUUAUUCAUAACGUUUCUAAAGUUAUCUUUUUCUUUGUUACACUCUCGAUUCCACGUAUAUAAGAAAAGUAAGUGUAUUUUAGUUUUAAUAUAAUUAGUAUUAUCUUUUUUUCUAUUUUCAAUCGAAGAAAGUAAAUAAAGUUCUGAAUAUAGGCAGCUAUACAUAUUGAUACAUCACGAGACGUAAGUUAGAACAAAAAUAAUUAAUAUUGCAAUUUUCCAUAAUGCACAUUAUCUGCGAACACAUAAGUCUUCCUUCAUUGGUGGCAGCAGGUAAAAUAUUCUGGAAGCGUUCCAGAGGCAAGAGGCAAAAGAGGCAGAAGAAAUACGAAUGCAUUUCGUAUUUCGUCCGAUACUUACUACUUACAUUGUUCCGUUCGUGACGGAACUUUAAAUGACCAACUGAUAUAUCUCAGUCAAAAAUAUACACGUUUUGUACGAAAAAAUAUCCAGACAGCAGGUGACGCCUUGUCUAAGAAUAUUCGCAGAAUUUUAACUUAGAACCUUUGUGGAAUUCCUAAUUAUUCGCAUAUAAAAUUUAUAUAUAUAUAUAGACUUUAUUAAAGUCGCAUCAUUCUUUAGAUGAUUAUUUGAAUUAAAUGAGAUUUAUAGAAAGUACAUACUCUGUAAUUAGGGUUGCAAAAUCAAGAAUGAAGUGGUUUUAAUAUGAACGUAAAAUCGAAUCAAAAAUGUGAAAUGAAAAUUAUUAAUAUGCUUCGAGAAUUACACUUCCAAGAGAUUUGUUAAUAUUUUUCUAGCAUCUUUAUUCUUUGUUAGAUAUUGGAAUAGUCCAUGAAACUGUACCUGUAUUUAUCUGUAAAAGUAUAUGUAUUUUGUACUUUAUAUUUUAAUAUUUAAUUUAUAUUUAAUUUCGUGCCAUGGCAAUAAGUUACUUCAUUUACACUUACGUCAUUUUUACACUAACACAUAAAAGUAACAUUCAUUUGUAGACAUCAAUCUCAGUAAACCUUGGGGACAAACGGUACGUAUAACACUAUGCUGUACUCGUUCAGUUAUUCGAAACGACGUUAAAAGUCAUGAAUAAACAACGGUGCUGUUGUAUCGAGACUUAAACUUUAUUCUAUGUAUGUCUUUCGUAUUGGCGUGGUCAGAGAAUAAACCAUGGAAUUCAGAGACCACGUGUGCAUGGCUAAUGAGGUUAACGUACAACCAUCGAGUAAGGUAUUUACACAUUGCAUUGGCUGGUUGAGACUAACGUGACCAAGUCUGCCCUUAUAAGUCUCAGCCUUUCCUCCUUUCUAUCUAGGUACGUAUAUAGAUAACUAUCCGCUGUAUCCUUGGUUACCAAUCAUUUUCACUUGCCUUGCGUUAUUUAGAACGACAAUUUUCUACGUACACUUUCCAAAGAAUAAAACUAUUCUAAAUAAACUAGAUAUUCUAACUUUAAUUGGUCAAUAUGAGGAAAGGUGCGAAGUGGUAUUCUUGUGUUUACAUUGUCUUCGUUUUUCACACGUUAAAUUUGACAAAUUAAAGUUAAAAUACCUGCUAAACUAAUAAUUUUUCAACAUAAAUGGGUUAAUACCUUUGCAUAGAGAACGCCGAGUUGGAUCGAUUAAUAUAUUAAAAAAUAUAUAGUUCCGUUUAAAAAAAUGAAAUUGAUCUUAAAAUCUUCCCCACUACUUGACCUACAAAAAAAUAAUCUACACCAUAUGAUGCCUUCCUUCGAAUCGAACAAUUUUUGUUAAAACAUUUUUUUGAUAAUUUUAAUCCCUCGUGAGAUAUUCUACCGUUUCCAGUUAAAUGAAACACCCUGUAUAUUUUGAUAAAUUAAUAGCAGUAAAGUUUAACUCAAAAAUAAUAGAGAAAACAACACACUAAAAUUCUUUUCUUUGCAUUACACUAAUGAAAUAAUAUAAGACAUGCUGGUCUUGUAAAAAACUGCCAUAAAAAGGAGCAAUUGACAAAAUAAGAAGGCAAAGCUCCUGCGUAUAUUAUAAAUUAACAUACUGAACAUACAUAUGUAUAUAUCUAAUCAUUACAAUGCUUUUGGCCUUAGAAAUUAGUAACUAUCAAUUUUCUUGUCAUAAAAUAAAUAAAAAAUGAUAUCUGUAAAAUGAUAUAAAAAUUAAAGUUUUAAAAUAUACGUUUUUUUAAAAUGCAUUUACCUCUUGUGGUAGUCAUAAAAAACAAUUUUUAUAUAACGAAUUCUCUACUCACGAAAGAAUAAUUUUUUAAUGAUAACGAAUCCUCUAACAUUAAAAGAAUAAUUCUCUGACAAUUUAUAAUAAUUUAACUAAAUGUUCAGCUGGACAAAUUGUAAAGUACAAAUUAAAUAAUAAAAAGAAAAAAAAAUGUAUAAUGAUGCUCUGAAUGCUAAAUUGAACUAAAAUAUCGAGAUAUUCUCUAAGUGUUAGAAGAACGAAUAAGUACACGAAACAAAACACUUAAUAGGCGCAGAAUUUUCAUUAGUAUUUUAUCCACGUUGUCGCACACAUGUUACACGUACAAUGUGGAUUAUACAGUUUAGGUCUGAGAAAUUACAAGGACCAGACGCGAGCAGAGUCGACAUACAUUCGUCACAAUUGACACGAUUGACCUGCAGCGGUUCUCAACCGGACACCAGACGUGAAAACCGGUUUGACAAGGUUUAAGAGUACAGUUCCUGUGAUCGGCCCCUGCUCUUUUCUUCUCGUGAAAGUACUUACUUAUGUAAAGUGUAUACUAGAAGACGCUACGAGCUGAGUUUCAAGGAUUUUCGUCAGAAAGGUUCAAUUUACACUGAUCGUACAAAGAAAAUACUCAAUGUUCUAUUAGAAAACAUAGAUCAAACUUAAAGUUUUAUUUACUUUCUAGAGUCUAGAAUACAGAUACAAUUUCCAAUAAAAAUAUUUUGAAUUAAUAUAUAUACCUAUUGUCGAUAUUAUAUAAAAUUCAUUUUAUUCUAUUAGAAUAAUGAUAUUUAAUUUUCGGAAAGUUUUAAUAAGAAUUUAAUAAGUUUAGUAAAUUCAAAAUAGGAAUUUAACAAUUUCUAACAAUAUUUUGAAUUCAUAACUAAUAUUUUUUGAGCAAGAAUUUUUUAUUAAUAUGGUUGCUCUGACUAUACAAUACAGAAUAAUUUAGAGGAUGGUUAUUAUACACUGCUCAAAACAAUUAGGGGACCACUGCUAUGAACGGUUUUAUUGCAUCAACCAAACAAACAGAAAGGAGGGCUAUAAACUUGAUAAAUUGACAUGUUAUUUAUGUGAUAUCCUAAUAAAAAUUGUGUAAGACAAUUAUAAAAAUGAAAUUAUUAUCUUAAACAAUGUAUAAGAUUCAUAGAUCUUUUAUUACAAAAAUUGAAUAAAAUAUUUACGUGUGUUCUACAAAAUUCAGACAAUUUUUCUAGAAAAAUUUAAAUAAUGCUUAUUGUAACGAAUGAUACUGUAUGUGUAGAAGAAUGUAGGUCAUUAUAGUUUAAAUUCAUGGAUCAAGUAAUUAAAAUUAUGUUUAUCAUAUAAAACAGAGAAAGAUAUAAAGUUAGAAUACGUUUAUCAAGUGGAGUUUAUGGUUUCAUGAAUAUUUGAACUCACUUAUCUGAAUACACCACGGUCGGUUUGGUCGUACGACUUUACGUAACUUUUUACAAGAGGACGACAGUGAGAACAACAAUAAUUUGAUUUCUGAAAGAUGCUGGAGGUAACGCUGUUUAGCAGUGGUAACACAUCCUGGUCAGAUGAUCGUUUACGGUCAGAAAGCAAUAGGAUAUUAGGAAUUGUGCAACAUUGAAAGUUUUACCACUUUAAAUAGGCCAGGUAUAUUGCUCAGUACUGUAGAAGAUGGAUAAUAUUAGAGACGUAUAAUUAUGUAUGGUCUACGAUGUUUGAUUGGAAAAUACUGAAAGGUGUGUUAAUACAUAGAAUUAAAAGGUAAUCGACGAAUUAUUGGACCAGAUAAUAAUUUUGUUAAUGAUAGAUUUCGAAAGUGAAACUUCAUUUAACUUUCAUUAACGAGUUAUUAUACUAUAUUAAAAAUAAAUGAUGAAAAAGUAAUAAUUCCCGUAUCUUUAUAAUUAGACCUUUCUUUUAAAUAAAUUUAAACAAA